AUGUUAGAGCAGGCCAACCCUGUUCGUGGAAUGAAGGAUCGCUUUGGUGAUGAAAACAGACGCUUUCAAUGGAUCACUGACAAUGGAGCAAGACUUGCUAGCUUGUAUGGAUUUGAACAGAUCACAACACCGAUUUUAGAAUACUCUCAGGUGUUUGAGCGGACAUUAGGCGAGGACUCUGAUGUCGUGGGAAAGGAACUAUAUAGUUUUGAAAGCAAAGGAGGUGACAGGUUGACUAUGCGUCCCGAAGGCACAGCAGGGAUCACUAGAGCAUUGAUCAGCCAAAAGUUGCAUAACGAAUUGCCUCAAAAGUAUUAUUAUCAUGGACCCAUGUUCAGACACGAAAGACCACAAAAAGGCCGUCUUCGUCAGUUUGAGCAGUUCGGUAUCGAGGUUUUCGGUCAGGGUCAUCCUUCAUCAGAUUUAGAAGCAAUUGAACUUGCCUCUGUAUUCCUGAAGAGUUUGGGACUUGAUUCAAUUAUGUUGGAGGUCAACUCCAUUGGAGAUGACGCUUCUAGGAACAAGUACAAGACGGCCUUGAAAGAAUACCUCUCAGAGUACGGGGGUGACCUUUCUCCUGACAGCAUCAACAGAUUAUCAACAAAUCCUCUUCGGAUCCUUGACUCAAAGGCACCUCAAGAUAUUCAAAUUCUGGAGAACAGUCCUAUCCUUUCAGAUUACUGGAGUCCCCCUUCCCGAGAACGGUUCUCAUUUAUCACAGAGGCUCUCUCUCAUCUUGGGAUACCUUUCACAGUUAAUCCGAGGUUGGUCAGGGGGUUGGAUUACUAUCAGGACACAGUCUUUGAAUUUAAAGUUUCGAGUGCAUUGCUUGGAGUUCAACAGAGUACGAUCUUGGCAGGGGGCAGAUAUGAUGGACUGGUUGAGAAAAUGGGUGGGCCAGCAGGGGUGUCGUCUAUUGGAUGGGCAGCCGGUUUAGAAAGGCUGAGCCUUUUGUUGAAUGACCGAAGCAUUCCGUCAAAGCCAAGGCCGGUCGCUAUCAUCCCAGUCCCAGAGUUUGAAUCGACAGUCAACUUGAACGUAAAUAUGAAUGUAAACGUAAGCGAAAGCGAUAGUAAAGCGAGUGCAAGAACUUUUUCAAGUGCAGAACUACAUAGUCGUGCCAUGGCCAUCAGCUCUUUAUUAAGAGAGGCAGGGAUCCAAGUGGAGUUCCUACAUCUGGCAGGACCAAUCAGUACUCGAUCUCAGUUGUUGAAACGAUUAGCAAAGGCAGGUAAACUGAAUGCGACUCAUGCGGUGAUUCUUGGGAUGGAUGAGAUCCAAAAAGGGGUUGUGACACUCAAAGAUUUAGACAAAUCUGAGCAGAAGCACUGCCGAGUUGAAGAGCUGAUUAAAGAACUCCGAGGAUCGCUUUAA